UUUAGAUUGCAUAGGAACAGCAGGACAACUCAGCAGUCAGCGAGAUUAUCAAUUACGAUUCCUCAAAUUCGUGUAGCACUGGACGUGGUUUGACCAUACAGACAACACCUUAGUACAGUAGGAGAUCCUAAUUAUGACUUCCAUGGCCCCUGCGGGCCUGGGCCAGCGGCGCGCUUUCCAAUCCACACCCACAUCGCACAUCAGUGCGCCAGCGUUGCGUGGCCUGACGGCAAAGAGCACGACGGAGCUGCCGCAGCUGCUGAGGUCCACGCGCUGCAACGCGCACUCCACAGGGCCUCAACAGUCGACCAUCCACCGGCGGCAUCAGCAGCAUCCGCGCCGCCAGCCCCGCGGCACCGUAAUCACACGCACUUUCGCCGACCCGGUUAUGGAUGCACCCGACGCCGAGGAUGAGGAAGACCGGCCCAAGUGGGACCCCUCCAAGCUGACUGCGGUGGUGGUGGGCGCGGGGCCCACGGGCGCCCUGACAGCGCACUACCUGGCUAUGCGGGGGUACCGCGUGGAGGUGUUUGACAAGGGGCCGCGGCCGCGGGCGGGCGAUGCGGCGUCAGUGCCCCUGGUGCUGAGCAGCCGCGGCGCCAUCGCGUUUGAGGAGCUGGGCCUGACGGCGCAGCGGCGGGUGGGCCCCACCGCCAACGCCCUCAGAGGCGUGUGGGACAUGGUGGGCCGCCAGCUGCGGCCUGUGGACUCCAGCUCGCUGUACCGGCGCACCUACGUCACCGACCGCUCGGGCCUGGCUGCUGACCUGGUGGAGGCUGCGGAGCGCAAGUACCCGGGCCGUGUCAGCUUCCACUUCGAGUCGGAGCUGGUGCGAGCGGAGCUCAAGAACCGGGUGGCUGGCGUUUGCCCCACGUCCGCCGCAACAGCAGCUGCAGCUGCAGCGGCGGCAGCGGCGGCGGGGGCGGCGGGAGCAGGGGCGGCGGCGGCGGCGGCGGGCGGCGCUGACGCGCCGGUGGCUGGGGAGCGGGAGGUGGAGUUCGACCUGCUGGUGGGCGCGGACGGGAGUGACAGCAGCGUGCGGCGGAUAUUGAAGGCCAAGGUGAAGGACUUUGCGGUGGUGCGGCCGGUGGUGGAGGAGGGCGGCUACGUGGGCGUGUGGGGGCUGCCGGCCCGCGGCCUGGCGGCGGAGCCCCUGAUCGGCUUCUACACACACAAGCCGCAGGACUACGUGUACGAGUGGGCGGCGCCUGGCAAGCCGUCCGUACGGCUGUACAUCGACGUGGGCGGCGAGGUUGCGGGCAGCGUGUCUGGUCUGGGUGACGCGGACCUGUCCGGCGGCGCGUCCGGUGUGGCGUCUGGUCUGGUGGCGGCUUACCCGGCCUUCCCGCCUGAGUGGGCGGCGGCCAUUGGGGAGCAGGUCGCCGGCACCCCCGCCGCCCCCGCGCGGCCUCGCCGCUCCGCAGCCAUCCUGCAGUGCUCCCAGUUCUACGGUCCGCGCACAGUGCUGCUCGGGGACGCGGCGCACGGCGUGACGGGCGCCCUGGGCCCCGUGGGGCUGACGGGGCAGGGCGCCAGCGCCGCCAUUGAGAGCGUGCGCACGCUGGCGCUGGUGCUGCGCGGCGCGCAGGACGACAUGGACAAGGUGCCUGAGGUGUACUCCAACGUGCGUGGCGAUGCGGUGAUGGCCAUGCAGAUGAUGGAGUUCAAUGAGCUGAAGAACCAGGCGGACGCGGGCCUGCGCAAGCUCAAGUUCGAGUCGUGGUGGUACGAGUGGAGCUCCAAGAUCACACAGGGCUUCUUCGCACUGGCGGCGGCGGUGGGUAGCUUGCUGGCGGCGCUGGUGCCGGGCCGCUUCAUGAACGCCGGCCAGGUGCUGUCCAAGCUGGAGGACCGGCGCAUCGGCUACAGCGAGGUCAUCCGCAUGCUGCAGGGCUACGCGGCGCCGGUGGUGAUGGCCGUGUUCGGCGGCGUCUUCAUCGGCAUCUUCCUGGCCUUCGCAAGCCGACUGGCAUAAGCUGUGUGGUGCGACGCAUUCGGGGUUGUGGUUGUGUGCUCACGCUGUGUGCUUCUGGUAUAAAUCCGCAACUCGGGACUUGUCUCAAUUUGGACUGGCAAGGCUGAUGGCGAACGGGGAACACCAGGGCCAGGCACGUAGCUCUCCAUUGAACUAGCUGGUUUAAAGGGAGCCAAUUCAUACAAGUUUUGACGGACGGGCAUGUCGGCAUGUCGCCUACCGCCUAGACGCCAGCAAGCUACGGCGCCUAGUACGCAGCUCUGAGGGUGCAGCGAUGUGCCCGGUACCUCGGCAUGACCUGACCUGGCAUGGCAACGACGCAACAGAUUAACGGGUGGUGCAGCGGCCCGCCGCGGGCUCUCUGAGCUUGCUUUAUUCAACGCAGCAAAUGCAGUUUGGCGUGGAUGGGAACAACAUGGAAGUUUGCAUGGUUUGGAUUGGGGUUGACUAGGAGGUCUGUGGGUUGUGGCUGCAUGGAUGCGGACAUGCGGUUGCAACGUAUCAAAAGGAUUGCGGAAGGCCGCUCUCGGCUCGCCGUGCCACGGCCGUGCAGGCGUCUCACUCGGAAUGCUCAUAGCCGGAAAGGGCGGCGGCGCCUGUGUGUGCACCCAUCAUGCCGGUCAUUGGGAUGAUACAUUGAGCCUUUGAAAGCAGAAUGGUACGACGGUAUCUGCCCUGUGUGGUCAUGCCAGGUGCUGUGUCAAGACGAUAUGUACAGCGUGUGUCAGUGAUGACACCAUUCGGGGAUGUGUGUCGGUGUCCUUGACGCCGGUGUCACGGUGUGGAGGGGAGACAGGAGUAGGGUGCCGGCAUAGCCGGCGUCAGGUGACGUGAUGGCGGCGGCGGCUGUGGGCACGGUGAUGGCACGGAUGGGAGACGAGCCAGGAUUGGGUCGGUGGGUCGCGCCCAUAUUGGACUCACGCGACCCACGUACAUCCCGGUCUACUACUCGGGACGCGCCAUGCACGGGGGGUGCGGGAAGUUGAUCACCAUCAAGGAGGCGCUCUCGCGGCCCAGCCGCGGGCCGGUCACGGUGCGGUGCAAGCACUGCCACACGGGCGUCUCGUUCAGCAUUAAGAAGUGGGGCCUGAAGAAGCCAAGAAGGUGAAGGAGGUGAUUGACCUGUGUGGCAGUGAGUAGCGUGCCGGCCAGUGGGUGGCUAUGGUGAAGGGGUGGGGUGAAGGAUUAAAGCUUGCCACCCUGCCUCGAGCUCUGAGAGUCUGAGCAUUCCGGUUUGGGAUGCCGUGGGCCCUGGGCGCGCACUCGCAGCCUCUCAGCAUAGGAACGUGUGAAUGGUGGGGGCAGUUCCGAUGUUCCAUGGUUCCGAU